AUGGAAGGUUGGACACUGUACGGUGAUGAAAGCAUGUUGACAUUGGAGAGAGAGGGCGUGAUGUUGCGAUUUGAUAUCAAAAUCCCAACCUGUGAUGGAAUGGUUUUCGGAAUCUACAUCAAACCUCUGACAAAUGAUGACGUAAUCAAACACGUCAUGAAUCACAUGCCAGGGGAAGACUAUACAGCCCGUACGGACAAGGACCCGUUAGGAUGCGGGAUGGCCCUCACCCAAAUCCCACCUAUGAAGAGUCAAGAUACUACAUCCCAAGUGCGUAAAGGAGAGAAAGCCAAACAACUUGGAGACUGUCAAGUCUCUGAAGCUGCUGAGGGAGAGACUUCUGGUGCAGCAUCUUCAGAAACUUCAGACUGGGUUGACAAGAUUGACAAGAUUGACGAUAAAAAUGAAGAAGAAGAACAAGAAACAAAGAUUGACAACUGUUUGAUUGUUGAUAAAGAAAAGCUCACAAUGAGCAAUCAUGAAGAAGAGCUUGAGAUGAGCAACAAACUUGCGAUGAAUGAUGUAGAGAAAAUGAGUGAUAAAGAUAAAAUGAGAGACAAAGAGAAAGAGCUCGCGAUAAGCAAAGAAGAUCUUGUUACUCCAAGAAGUAAGAAAGAAAAUAUGAAGAAAUCUGAAGUCGGAAAGUUGUUUCAUGUGAAGAAGUGGACCCGAUCGGAACUGUUUAACUCUGAGAGAGAGUACUGCUUGAGAAAGAUGAGAGCAAAUGUCUGUGAUGGGCAUGAUGAAAACCUCUUUGUGAUUGAAGGAUGGAGUGAUUCCAAAUAUGACAAGAAUGCAAUGCAACAAAGUAUCUGUUGGAAAUCGGUUCUGGCGGACAUCAGACUGCUUGUCUUCGUCCAAACCGAUUGA